UUUCGAGCAGGCCGAGGCGCUCUGGACCCACAUGGGCUGCCGUGCGCAAGGCCCGCCAGCGCCCCGGGAUGGGCCUAAUUGGGCGAGACCACACGGGCAGGCCGGAGGAGCGCCCGCGGCUGCGCUUGUGAGCCGCGGGGAAGGCUGGGCGUAAGCUGGCGGCGCCGAGGGGGGGAGGGCCCCGAGGUGGGGGGAUGAUGCUGAGGAGGAGCAGCAGGGGGAGAGAACAAGGAGCAGGAGGAGAAGGAGGCACGCGCGCGCCAAUGCCUCUUGGUCCUACCAAAAAUCAGGCAAGAUGUGUUGGGGCGGAGAGGCACGAGAAAGACAAGAAGGGGUCGAAAGAUACGGAAGGAAGUAUGGGCAGAGAGGCACCAUCAGAGAGGAGGCCAAGGGCGAUCAGAGAAUAAAAUGCUGACACCGGGGCCCGCUUGCUCGGGCCGGUAUCAAGCCUACCAGCGUGCGUGACCGAUGCUCUUCACGAGAGGGACACAAGCCCUUGCAACGGCUGGGGAGGGGAACGAUGCAUUAACUACGCAGAAAAAGUUGGUCUUGAAACCACCACCCGAGGUGGAGAGCCCAGGGCCGUGGCAAUCAAACUGAAGCCUACAAGGACGGCCAGACAAGAGAUGCCUCGGCACGGCAGCUGCACGGCGUGCGCCGCGCCGCCUCGGAACAGCCGCCUCGGAGGAGGAGGAGGAGGAGGAGGAGGAGGAGGGAGGAGGAGGAGAAACGGGAGGAGGAGGAGGAGGUCCCGGCGCGGUGGCCUCGAGACACGGCGGCUGCCCGUGCCCCUGCGCCGUGGUGGCCGCCAGCGCGCCGCGGAGGGUCUCCUCCUCCUCCUCCUCCUCCUCCUCCUCCUCCUCCUCCUCCUCCUCCUCCUCCUCCUCCUCCUCCUCAAGAGCGCCGCACGCCGCGCGGGCAGCCUCGGCGCGAGGCGGGGUCGCUUCGCUCGCAGCUGGAUGACUGCCCCGGACCGUCGUUGCGCUCACCAGCAGCCCAGGCAGCAGCAGCGCGACCCCUUCGGGGCCAGCGGCGGCUCCCACUCCGCGUCCUCGGCGGGCCGCGAGCACGUCAGCUCCUUGACCCGCUGGGGCGUCGGCGGGUGCAGCGAGCUCCAAAAGGCCGCGCGGAAAAUGUACUCCUUGCGGGAGUCCAGGCGCCUGUGGUCUCGGCUGUCCCUGACGUCCGUCCACUCCUCCCGGGGCCUCACGCAGUACAUGCUCAUGUAGGCGGGGGGAUGGGGCGGAGACGCGCUGAGCGACGUGUCCAGAGGCCCGCCGAGGGUGGCCUUCCACUUGAUGCCGUCCACGAACUGGGACACGCACC